AUGUUUGCUGUUGUUCUACCAUUUUUCCUUCUGCCUCUCGCAUUUGCAGGCAAUGCGGAUAUCGAAGAAUGUGUUAAAUUUGUUGGAAAUGAUCCUAAGAGACGACCAACUGUGGAUUCUUGUCCAGAGGACCCCGUUUGUUCAUCGAUAUUCGUCUUUAAUCCUGAUGGUGAUAUAGCAAACAACUUGAAUGUGUAUUAA